GUGUAAGCCGGGCCGUAGUUGCGCGUACUUUCUCUGCCACCAGCCUGCGGGGGCCUCCGUCGCCAUGCUCCCUCGGCACCGGGCCCGCCUGCUCUUUCCCUUCCUCGCCUUACUCCUCGUGGGCUGUGGGACUCGGAGCCGGGCACAGGAAGAGGAGGACGCCGCGCAGGAGAGCAAAAGCGAAACUCCGCUCCAGACGCUGCAGCUGGAGACCCUGGUGGCGCCCCCCGACGGCUGCACGGAGCGCUCGGCGAUAGGCGACACCAUUCAAAUCCACUACACGGGUAGCCUUGAAGAUGGACGCAUUAUUGAUACCUCGCUUUCCCGUGACCCAUUGCAAGUGGAGCUGGGCAAAAAACAAGUCAUUCCAGGCUUAGAACAGAGUCUGCUGGAAAUGUGCGUUGGGGAGAAACGAAGAGUCAUCAUCCCCCCUCAGCUGGCAUAUGGCAAACGAGGUUCCCCACCAGCCAUCCCAGCGGAUGCCGUACUGCAGUUCGAGGUGGAGCUGUUAGGACUCUCCAGAGCCGGCUACGGGCAGAAGCUGUUCAACGAUGUGCUGCCCCUGCUAUGCCUUGUGCUUGUUCCAGGGCUGUUGGGGCUUAUUGGCUACCACCUCUACCACAAGGCCCAGGCACCCCGUGUGUCCAAGAAGAAACUCAAGGAGGAGAAGAGAAACAAGGCCAAGAAGAAAUAAAGCUGUUCCUCAUUUUUUUCAA